GAGGUCUCUCAUCUCAUCACGUGGGUGUGUGUUUUCACAGCCCCACUCAGUGCGGUCAGAGGUCAGUAAAUACUGAUGAUGUCAUCGUGUGAAGAUGGCUGAAGGAGAAGGCUGGUGGGGAGGCUGGCUUCAGCAGAGCUACCAGGCCGUCAAAGACAAGUCGUCUGAGGCCUUAGAAUUCCUGAAGCGAGACCUGACAGAGUUCUCCACUGUGGUGCAGCAUGACACCGCCUGCUCACUUGCGGCGACAGCCUCUGCUGUCAGAAACAAACUUGCAGUAAGUUCUCCUGGGUCUCUGUUUUCUCCUGACUGUGUAUUUGUGUCACCAUCACAUGUACAGACUGUAACCCUGUCUAUUUCCGCUACUUCCCAGGUGGAAGGCUCCUCAGAAACCACAGAGAAGGUGAAGAAGAGCCUCUCUAGUUUCUUGGGAGUCAUUUCUGACACACUUGCUCCACCCCCUGAUAAAACCAUCGACUGUGAUGUCAUCACAUUGAUGGCAACACCAUCAGGAACCACAGAGGUUUACGACAGUUCCAAGGCACGUCUCUACAGUUUGCAAGCCGACCCUGCUACAUACUGCAAUGAGCCUGAUGGGCCACCAGAGAAGUUUGACAACUGGCUGUCCAGCUUCUGUUUGGAGGAUAAGAAAGGAGAAAUCUCAGAGCUUUUGGUCAACAGUCCCUCUAUACGAUCCCUUUACACCAAAAUGGUGCCAGCAGCUGUAUCCCAUUCAGAAUUUUGGCAGAGGUAUUUCUACAAAGUCUUCCAGUUGGACCAGGAGGAGGCGAGGAGAGUAGCACUGAAGCAGAGAGCAGAACAGACGACCCACUCAGAGACCCUGGGCUGGGAGGAGGAAGAGGAGGACGACUUCCUCGGCGCCUCACCAUCAUCAUCAUCUCAACUCAACUUCCCACCGCUGUUUGACAACACCUCACCCCAGCUGCCCACGACCCCGACAGCUCCCACAGGAACCUCUCUGCUGAGUCCCGUCCUGUCUCCAAGCGAAGAGCGUGACGCCACCCUGUCAAUCAGCAGCGACAGCGUGAGCCUGCCCACACAGGUGGAUAUGCGGCCAGAGCCUGUCGCCCUGCAGCUGGCCAACAAACUGACAGAAGCUAGCUUGGAAGAUGUCGCAGUCAAGACGCAGGAAACUCAGAGUCCUGCAAAGAGGGACUUACCCCCCCAGCCUCAAGUGGAGGCUGCACCCCAGCCACAGGUUACUGUUGACGGGGCGCCCUCGAGGACCCCUGCUUCUAAACCAGAGCCAACAAAAGAAGAGGGACCACAGGACCUGAGAGUGUUUGAGCUCAACUCUGACAGCGGGAAGUCAACGCCCUCUAACAACGGCAAGAAAGGGUCCAGCACCGACGUGAGUGAGGACUGGGAGAAAGACUUUGACCUGGACAUGACCGAGGAAGAAGUUCAACUGGCACUCUCCAAAAUAGAAGACACUGGGGAGCUGGAGGAAGACUGGGAGAACUGGAACUGAGCGCCACCGCGACACGAACUCUGUCCCGCCAUCAAAGCUAGUUCCCGGCAGACGAACCAUGCUUAAACGUGUUUUAAACUCUUUGUCCACACCGUCACCAUGUCAUGAUUGUCAGUAGGGGAUAUUUUCUGGCGGGUGGUUUGGACCAUAUUGGUAAACCUGUUGAAGCGAGCAGCGGGACGACCAAGGCAAUAAGAAUUUCGACUGCUCCGUCAGCUAGUGAGGGUAACGACUCGGGUCAUGGUGAUUACUUGGGAUUAACUUCUGAUUUAGAGCCUUCGACGCUAGUAAUUGACAUGAGGUUGUAAUCAUUCUGACCUCAGAGCUUAAGGACACGCGAGUGAUGAGUCAGAAUGUGCGAUGUUCCACAGCAGCAGGGGAGGAGCGGUUUCCCCUUUUUUCUUUAUGCCAUUAAAUACAUGAUAAAUGUUGCGAGUGAAUCUCAAGUUGGGUACUGACUUAACUGCAGGCUGCACAAUAGCCAUAAACUCUAAUGCUGCUUUGAACUUUUCUAAGUGAUUUUUGAAAUGGUGGCGAUUGAUUGGAUUCUACCUGUGCCCAGCUUUAUUAAUUUCUUUCUUUCUCUUGUUUAUUAUGCAAGUGAAUCUUCCAAAUGGAAACAAAUAUUUUGGCCUUCAUUCACAGAACGCUUUUCAUUUUGGAGUCACUCCCAACCCUAGAUUUAUGGCCUUGUAAAACACACAGUAGUGUGGUGAUGUUAUCCAAAUGAAUUUUAUCGUUACAAGUCUGAAACACAACCAGUUAAUGUUUUCAUCCUGGUUAUUUUCCCCCUCUUUGUUUAAUAGCGCGAUUGAUUUGAAUAUAUGGGCUUGUCGCUGGCUACAUGUUAUUUUCUGUCACUUGUACAUGUUUCUCUUCUGUCUGUUUUAUUUUUGGGUAGAGGGAAUUCAUCAGUUGUCACACAUUAAGAGACAGAAAAUAAUUCACGACAGGAACCUUUGCUUGAGAUGGAGGGUAGCAUCUUUCUUUAUUUACAGGAUUAGGAGAAAAUGACCAAUCUGUGAUGUUUUCAGCUUCUCUGUCGGCUCUUGUUAGGAACAAAAUAGCUCAGCAGGCAGUAGACUGAAGGAGCAACGUGAGCACGCUCCACGCUUGUAUGAUUUCCCUUUUCCAUCAUCUGUAAUGUAGCUGAGAAAAAAUAAACCCUAGAGGUGUAAUAUUUAUACUAAAAUAAAAAGCUUAAUUAUUGUA